AUGGGUGGCCAUUGGAAGAAUUGUACUGAGCACCCUGAAUUUCACCUUGUAGCCUUUUCCAGGUCUGUCAAAUUACAAUUCACCCUCUUUUCUGGGACUUUAUUGGUUUACAUGUUGGCUAUUGUCGGAAACAUUGUUAUCACUAUACUUGUCUGUUUGGUGCCCCAACUCCACACGCCUAUGUACGCCUUCCUGUGCAAUCUCUCUGUCCAAGACAUUAUUUAUGUAUCCGCCAUUUUACCAAAGUUUUUGGUUAUUACAAUAACAGGUGACACGAGGAUUUCAUUUCUGGGUUGUAUUACUCAGAUGUUCCUGUUUGUAUUCUGUGUUGGAACUGAAUUUUUAUUGUUGACGUCAAUGGCCUACGAUCGCUAUGUGGCUAUAUGCAUUCCCCUGCACUACGCCCUCAUUAUGAGCAGAAGAACAUGCAUAAUCUUAGCUGCUGUCUCCUGGCUUAUUGGCUUUUUGGAUUCACUAGCGCAGUCAUGGAUGGUUGUUGAUCUAGCAUGCUACAGUAUUCAAGACAUCAAUCAUUUCUACUGUGACCUCAAAGCGAUGAUAAAGCUUUCAAGCAGUGACACCAAAGUAAUUCGGACUUUUUUAUCAGUAGUUUGUGUAGUUUUGGGAUUUCUUCCUUUUAUGUUGAUAUUGACCUCUUAUGCAUUUAUCAUAUCCACCAUUGUAAAGAUCCGGACCACAACAGGACGGGUCAAGGCCUUUUCUAGCUGUUCUUCCCAUCUCAUCGUUGUUAUAUUAUUCUAUGGGACAUCUCUAGUAUCCUAUAUGAAGCCAGAGUCUGAAGCCUCUCAAGAAGAAGACAAACUGCUCUCCUUGAUAUACACGGCAGUGGUUCCUAUGUUAAAUCCUAUUGUCUACAGUCUGAGAAACCAAGAAGUUCUGAGAUCCAUAAAGAACAUAGGAAGGAAAUGCUCAACGUGUAAGCUAGGCUUACCAGGCUAA